AUGUUGAGUGUUUUAAACGCUCAAAAAGUUGUAACGCCGAGUCCAACAUAUCCUCUCCCAACGCAGAAAGUUAACAACUACAUUGGCGCCGAUGGCUUGGCGGCAUGGGUAAAAGCCUGGUUAGGUGUACUAAGUAAAGAGAUGUUCACUGCCAGAAUCAAGGAUGCAAGCCUGACUGCUGAAGUUAAAAAGCUACGGCAAUCCGAUAACAGCUUCAAUAAAACUCUUCAUGACGUUCAACAGAAAGUAAACAAUGGGAUACAAUCCGUCGGCUCUACCCAAGCAGAAAAGGUGGCGCUAACAAACCAGGUGACAACACUGAAGCAGCAGCUGCAACAGUUGAAAGAUUCUUCACAAAGAGAGAGGACAUUGCUGACGAACAAAGUGCAGAGCCUUGAGCUGCAAUUACAGCAGCAGUCCACACUGGUGAAACAAACAUCCGAAAGUUUAAGUCAAAUAGUCGCAGGGCCCAUACGUUUGGCAAAUGGACCUAAUUCGCGAGAGGGUAGAGUGGAAAUCUUCUACAACGGAGAAUGGGGAACAGUCUGCGAUGACAGUUUUGACUACAGAGAUGCUGGGGUCGUCUGCAGACAGCUGGGGUACCCGACCUCCAAACCAAUCGUGUACCAAAGAGCCAAAUUCGGACAAGGUACGGGCAAGAUAUGGCUAGAUGACGUAGGAUGCGCAGGGACUGAAGAUAAAAUUGCAUUUUGUAGGCACAGUGUUUGGGGUAAACACAACUGUGGUCAUCAUGAAGAUGUUGGUGUGGCCUGCACGGGUUCCACCAGGCCGGUUGCCAGAACGACGAGUUCCCCCAAGGCGUAACCCACACCAGCAUGAUAGCGUUGAAUGUUUACACACUUACCAAGGGACCUCAACUAUAACAAUAUAUUUAAAAGUGACAUCCCGGAAAGGGAGUUAUCAUUUGCUGUGUAUUUAGAGAAUAUGUGCGCCGUACAGUUAGUAUAAGUUCGGAAUCUAAAUUCACAGUAAGAUUUGCAGUAUAAGAAUUAUGCUUUUUGUAUCGCAUUCACCAAGGGAAAUCUCCCCGGUAGAGUAGUAGCGCUAGCACUGUGGGGAAGUAAUUCUGCCGGAAGCUUCUUUUAUACAAAUUUGAACACUAUAUAAGUUUACAAAGAAAUCGG